AGUCGAGUAGGAGUGUUGAAAUUUAAUUAAAGGCUAGAAUAUCUUCGGGGAGGAAAUUUUGGAAUCGAGGAAAGGAUACUUUGCUUCGUUUUCGGUAUCUUUUGGAUUCUGAUGAGCAUUGCAUUCAUUGGAAUUUUUGGAAAAGGGCCGUGACUGGAAGGAUAUUUUUAAUAUUUCGUUGUGUACGAGUGAAAAUUGGAUUUUUUUAUUAAUUCUUUUUAUUCCUGCUUGAAUGUGAAUUUCGAGGUUGAAUUCCUGCCGAUGCCUUAUUUUGAUACCCUGGAAACGGACGGAGGUUUUGCACAGAAGCUGGGGACGCUUCAGGGAUGGAAUGUUUAAUUUGGGCUGUUUUAAAAGCUUUUUGAAAGCUCCCGUGGAAUAUAAUGUUCUUUCCGGAUAAAGAGGCCGCUUUAACGAGGAAUGCUCUAAAUGAAUCCUACCGUACCGGGGUAAUUUGGGUAAUGUCAGGGUAACGAGGGUUGUUUUUAAGAGACGGCCACUCGGGAGGCUGCUUCACUCUCGAAUGCGCCGUUUACGCAAUUGUUACUAUUAUAAUAAAUAAAGCCUCUUCUGAGCAGGUUAUUUUGCCUCUAGGUCGACGCUUUAAGGAAGGCGGCACCACCAACAGACAUGAGGUUGUGUUUGCUGUGGAUGGCCUUGCUGGCUAUCCUCCACGCAUCCUUGGGUCAAGAUGGGUACGACUACCCGAGACCGAGUAAACCGCUGAUACCGGGAGGUGCGCCAGGUGGAGGGUCGAAGCCAGGAGGUCCUGGGAGUUCAGGACCAGGAGGGUUUCCCGGAGGACCCAGUGGUCCCGGUGGACCGAGUGGACCAGGGGGACCAGGGGGACCAGGAGGUGGAGGCUACCCAUCGGGUCCAUCCGGUGGACAGCGACCUGGAGGAGGAUUUCCUACCGGAGGGCAAGGGCCGAGUGGACCUCAAGGUCCUGGAGUACAGGGUCCUGGUCAAGGACCUUCCGGUGGUUAUCCUAGCGGCAGACCAUCGAUUCCUUUCCCGAGCCCUGGGCAAGGACCUAGCGGUGGACAGGGUCCUUUGGGUUCUGGUGGCAGACCGGGUCCUGGAGGACGACCAGGAGGACCGGGACAAGGGCCAAGCGGCGGAUUUCCGUCCGGACAAGGACCUUCUGGCGGAUAUCCUGGGCAAGGGCCGAGUGGUGGAUAUCCUUCUGGUAGACCCGGGCCCAGUGGGGGAUAUCCUUCCGAUGGGCAGGGACCUUCGGGUGGACAAGGACCUUCCGGGUUUCCAUCCGGUGGCCAAGGACCUUCGGGAGGGUACCCGAGUGGAAGACCAGGGACCGGAGGACAAGGACCUCAAGGACCGGGUGGAUAUCCUAGCGGAGGCCAGGGUCCUCAGGGACCGGGAGGCUUUCCUGGCGUUGGACGACCGGGUGGAUAUCCUAGUGGAGGACCCAGCGGUGGGCCAGGUCCUCAAGGACCUUCGGGUGGAUAUCCUAGUGGAGGACCCAGCGGUGGGCCAGGUCCUCAAGGACCUUCGGGCGGAUAUCCUGGCAGUGGACCCAGCGGGGGACAGGGUCCUCAAGGACCUGGCGGAUAUCCUGGUGGAGGGCCCAGUGGAGGACAGGGACCUCAAGGACCUCAGGGACCUGGCGGGUAUCCAAGUGGAGGACCUAGUGGAGGACAAGGACCUCAAGGACCCGGGGGCUUUCCUGGAAGCGGACCACGUCCUGGUGGUGGCUAUCCUGGAGGUGGACAAGGUCCUCAAGGAGGUUUCCCUGGUAGUGGACAGGGUCCUCAAGGACCCGGUGGUUUCCCAAGCGGUGGGCAAGGUCCUCAAGGUCCUGGAGGCCCUGGAGGAUUCCCUGGCGGUAGACCUGGCGGCUUUCCCUCGGGUGGACAAGGACCUCAAGGUCCUGGAUUCCUUGGAGGUCCGGGCGAUUUUGGUGGAGACGGCGACGAUGGGAGUUACGACGAGGGUGACUAUUCGGCCAUUCCUGGAGAACCGGGACGCGACUAUCCUAUAUACGCUGAUAUUCCUCAGACUAGUUUCAGUUGUGACGCUCAACAAUAUCCCGGGUACUACGCGGAUGUAGAAGCUCAGUGUCAAGUUUUCCAUAUAUGUGCCAAUAACAAGACUUACGACUUCCUCUGCCCCAACGGCACGAUCUUCCAUCAGCAGUUCUUCGUCUGCGUCUGGUGGAACCAGUUCGACUGCAACUCCGCCCCGAGUUUCUACUAUUUGAACGAAAACCUGUACGACUAUAGUAUAACGGGUAGUCCAGGACCUUUCGAGCCUCAAGGACCACAGGGACCAGGUGGUCCAGGUGGAUUCCCUGGUCAAGGACCACAGGGACCAGGUGGUCCUGGCGGAUUCCCAGGUCAAGGACCACAGGGACCAGGUGGUCCUGGCGGAUUCCCAGGUCAAGGACCACAAGGACCAAGUGGACCUGGAGGAUUCCCAGGUCAAGGACCGCAAGGACCAGGCUAUCCAGGCGGUAGACCUCAGGGACCAUCAGGACCCGGCUUCCCCGGUCAAGGACCACAAGGACCAGGAGGACCGAGCGGACCAGGUGGAUAUCCAGGAUCUCAGGGACCAUCCGGCGGCUACCCCAGCGGACCUCAAGGACCUUCGGGACCAUCGGGACCAUCCGGUCCAGGGUCACAGGGUCCAUCGGGAGGAUAUCCAGGCGGACGACCACAGGGACCCUCCGGACCAGGAGGUCCUGGCGGCCCAGGCGGACCAGGAGGAUACCCGCAGGGCCCUGGCGGACCAGGCGGAUUCCCUAGACCUCAAGGACCUUCCGGCGGUCCGCAAGGACCUUCUGGUCCUGGAUCUCCCGGCCAAGGACCGCAAGGACAAGGUCCAUCCGGAUAUCCAGGUGGCAGACCGCAGGGACCUUCGAGUACAUCUGGUCCAGGAUAUCUCACUCCUCAGAAACCGGUAGGAGGUCCUGGAGGAUUCCCCGGCGGCCAACCAAGCGGUCCUGGAGGUUUCCCUGGCGGUCAACCAAGCGGUCCCGGAGGAUAUCCAGGCGGUCAACCCAGCGGUCCUGGAGGAUAUCCAGGCGGCCAACCCAGCGGUCCUGGAGGAUUCCCAGGCAGCCAACCCAGCGGUCCUGGAGGAUUCCCAGGAGGACGACCCAGCGGACCAAGUGGACAACCCAGCAGUCCAGGCUUCCCAUCGAGACCGCAAGAUGGCGGUCCUGGAGGCUACCCAAGCGGGAAACCCAGCGGCCCUGGUUUCCCAAGUGGACCUUCCGGUCCCGGUGGAUUCCCCUCCGGGAAGCCACCUCAGACGGAUUCCCCAUUCCCAUCCCAAGGACCCUUGAAACCAGAUCGCGAGUAUUUACCUCCGCGGGCCGGGUAA